GGUGACGUCAUGCGCCGCCUCCCAGCAGCCCCCGGGGCCGGGGGAGGGGGGAGGGGGUCCCCGCCCCUCCCCCGCCGACCCCCGACCCCCGACCCCGGCGCCAUGGCGGCCGAGGCGCCGACGCCCCCCAGGUCCCUGGGGGCCGGUGACAGCGACGGGCGGGAGGAGCCGGCAGGAGCCAGGGACCUGCUGCCAUUGGCCGCCGCCGCUGCCGUCGCCUGGAUGGAGCCGUCACCGGCGCCUGGCGUCGCCCUCCCCGGCGAGGAGGAGGAGGAGGAGGAGCAAGAUGAGGGAGAACGUGGCGAUGGAGAAAGUAGUGACGGAGAAUGCGUCGAUGGAGAUGGAGAACGUGGUGAGGAGGACCAUAGUGAGGAAGAACAUGGUGAGGAGGACCAUGGUGAUGGAGAACAUGGUGAGGAAGAACGUGGUGACGGAGGACAUGGCGAGGAAGAACAUGGUGAUGAAGAACAUGGUAUGGAGGACCUUGGUGAUGGAGGACAUGGUAAGGAAGAACAUGGUGAUGGAGAACAUGGUGUGGAGGACCUUGGUGAUGGAGAACAUGGUGAUGGAGACCAUGGUGAUGGAGAACAUGGUAUGGAGAACCAUGGUGAUGGAGAACAUGGUAUGGAGGACCUUGGUGAUAGAGAACAUGGUGAUGGAGAACAUGGUAUGGAGGACCUUGGUGAUAGAGAACAUGGUGAUGGAGAACAUGGUAUGGAGAACCAUGGUGAUGGAGAACAUGGUAUGGAGGACCUUGGUGAUGGAGAACAUGGUGAUGGAGAACAUGGUAUGGAGAACCAUGGUGAUGGAGAACAUGGUAUGGAGAACCAUGGUGAUGGAGAACAUGGUAUGGAGGACCUUGGUGAUAGAGAACAUGGUGAUGGAGAACAUGGUAUGGAGAACCAUGGUGAUGGAGAACAUGGUAUGGAGGACCUUGGUGAUGGAGAACAUGGUGAUGGAGAACAUGGUAUGGAGAACCAUGGUGAUGGAGAACAUGGUGUGGAGGACCUUGCUGAUGGAGAACAUGGUGAUGGAGAACAUGGUAUGGAGAACCAUGGUGAUGGAGAACAUGGUAUGGAGAACCAUGGUGAUGGAGAAUAUGGUGAUGGAGAACAUGGUAUGGAGGACCUUGGUGAUGGAGAACAUGGUGAUGGACAACAUUUUAUGGAGGACCUUGGUGACAGAGGACGUGGCGAGGCAGCCGAGGAGGCCGAGGAGGAGGAGGAGGAGGCGGCCGAAGGCCAGCGGUGCGGCGAGUGCGGCCGGGCCGGGGCGCGCCGGGGCGAGCGGCCCCACGCCUGCGGCGAGUGCGGCAAGCGCUUCCGGCGCGGCGCCACGCUGGCCGAGCACCGGCGGACCCACACGGGCGAGCGGCCCUUCGGCUGCGGCGACUGCGGCGCCCGCUUCACCCAGCGCUCCACGCUGGCCCACCACCGGCGGACCCACACGGGCGAGCGGCCCCACGCCUGCGGCGACUGCGGCAAGCGCUUCGCCCGCCGCUCCACCCUGGCCGCCCACCGGCGCGUCCACACGGGCGAGCGGCCCUACGCCUGCGGCGACUGCGGCCGCCGCUUCGCCGUCAGCUCCGACCUGGCCAAGCACCGGCGGACCCACGGCGGCGCCAAGCCCUACGCCUGCGGCGAGUGCGGCAAGAGCUUCGGGCAGAGCUCCAAGCUGCUGCGGCACCGCGUCACCCACACCGGCGAGAAGCCCUUCGCCUGCCCCGAGUGCGGCAAGAUCUUCAGCCAGAGCUCCAACCUGGCCGAGCACCGGCGGACCCACGGCGCCGGCGGGCGCCGGCACCUCUGCCCGCUCUGCGGCAAGGCCUUCGCCCUCGGCGCCUACCUGGCCAAGCACCGGCUGACGCACACGGGCGAGCGGCCGUACCGCUGCACCGAGUGCGGCAAGGCCUUCCGGCAGAGCUCCAACCUGCUGCAGCACCAGCGGGUGCACACGGGCGAGCGGCCCUUCACCUGCGCCCAGUGCGGCAAGAGCUUCUGCCAGAACUCCCACCUGGCCAAGCACCGGCGCACGCACACGGGCGAGCGGCCCUACCGCUGCGGCGACUGCGGCAAGAGCUUCCGGCAGAGCGCCAACCUCCUGGAGCACCGGCACACGCACACGGGCGAGCGGCCCUACCGCUGCGCCCGCUGCGGCAAGACCUUCGGCUGGAGCUCGGCCUUCAGCAAGCACCAGCGCACGCACCUGCCCUGAGCCGCCGCCCCCGCCGCCGCCCCACGCCUCGUCCGCGCUCUGGGUCCUCCAGCCGGCGACCAGCGUCCUGCUCCGGCUCCGUGGCCCCAGCCC